UCUCUCUCUCUCUGAAAUUGUUUCAUCGAUGGGAAUCAAACCCCCGAUGUCGACACCAACAAAAUCCCCUUCAAUUUCAAGAACAAAUCAUCAUCAAAACCCUAAUAACUCCAUGGAUAUUUCUUCUUCUUCUUCUGCUUCUGAGUUCAAUAAAUCUAGAUAUGAAGCUUAUAAUCGAUUACAAGCAGCAGCCGUUGCAUUUGGUGAGAAAUUACAUAUACCUGAGAUUAUAGUAAUCGGAGGUCAAUCUGAUGGUAAGAGUUCACUUCUUGAAGCUCUUCUUGGUUUCCGAUUUAAUGUUCGUGAAGUUGAAAUGGGAACUCGUAGACCUCUCAUUCUUCAAAUGGUACACGAUGAUUCUGCUGUUGAGCCUCGUUGUCGAUUCCAGGAAGAGGAUUCUGAAGAAUAUGGAAAUCCGGUUUCAUCAGCAUCUAAGAUUGCUGACAUUAUUAAAACGAGGACAGAGGCUCUUCUGAACAAGACUAAAACCACAGUUUCUUCUAAGCCGAUUGUCAUGAGAGCUGAGUAUGCACAUAGUCCCAAUCUUACCAUUAUUGACACUCCUGGAUUUAUUCUUAAGGCAAAGAAGGGUGAACCAGAAAAUACACCUGAGGAAAUCCUAUCCAUGGUGAAAUCUUUAGCAAGCCAUCCUCACCGCCUUCUCCUAUUUCUUCAGCAAAGUAGUGUUGAAUGGUGCUCAUCUCUCUGGUUGGACACGAUCCGCGAGAUAGACCCAACGUUAAAAAGGACAAUUGUUGUUGUCUCCAAGUUUGACAACAGGCUCAAGGAGUUCACAGACAGGUGGGAAGUGGAUCGGUAUUUGGGGACUAGUGGUUAUCUUGGGGAUAACGUACAUCCAUACUUUGUGGCCCUGCCGAAGGACAGGGGAAUAGUUUCUAACGAGGACUUUCGGAGACAAAUUUGCAAGGUCGAUUCAGAUGUUCUUCGUCAUCUACGAGAGGGUGUUGAUGGGGGAUUUGAUGAAGAAAAGUUUGGGAAGUUCAUUGGUUUUGGCCGUUUGAAGGAAUACUUAGAGGCUGAGCUUCAAAAGAGAUACCGAGACUCUGUACCAGCAACUCUAACUUUGCUGGAACAGCGUUGUGAUGAAGUAACCACAUACCUGGCCAGAGCGGAGUCCAAGAUAAGGGCAACUUCUGAUGUUGCCUACCUUCGGAGGUCUGCAAUGAUGCACGCAGCAUCUAUAAGCACUCAUGUGGGGGCAUUAAUUGAUGGAGCGGCAGAUCCAUGUGCACAACAAUGGGGUAAAACAACCAAAGAGGAGCAGUUGGAGAGUGGUAUUGGCAGUUGGCCUGGGGUUAGUGCAGAGAUUAAACCUCCGAAUUCUACCCUUAAGCUUUAUGGUGGAGCAGCGUUUGAGAGGGUAAUGCAUGAAUUUCGUUGUGCCACUUACUCGAUUGAGUGCCCUCCAGUUUCUAUAGAGAAGGUUGCUAAUGUAUUACUUGCCAAUGCUGGCCAUGGUGGAGGUGGGAAAGUAACUGAAGCUGCAGCAGAGAUAGCACGUUCUGCUGCUAGGUCAUGGAUUGCUCCUCUGUUGGACACUGUCUGUGAUCGACUUGCGUUUGUUCUAAGAAACCUUUUUGACCUUGCUGUUGAACGCAAUCACAGCUGCGACUCUUUUAACUAUAAAAGAAACAAUGAUGAUUUGGAUGGGUAUAUAGGCUUUCAUGCUGCUUUAAGGCAUUCAUACAAUUGCUUUGUAAAGGAUCUUGCAAACCAGUGCAAGCAACUAAUAAAGCAUCACCUUGAUUCAGUCACAAGCUCUUACUCUCAGGUUUGCUAUGAAAAUGACUUGUUAGGAAGUUAUGUCCAAGGUGGAUCAACCAUUUACAGACUCAAUCAAGCUCAAGGGUCCCAAGUUAGCCUUGAGUUAUCUGAUGGUAAGACACCUGAUCAAGAUGAAGUAACGGGUGUAGACCAGGAAAAUAUUCCUCCUGAAAGAAAUGCACAGCAAACAACUCCAGAGCAGAAUACGGCCGCUAAAGAUGUUCAACUGACUGUUCCAGAGACUCCAUCUCCUGAUCAACCACGCGAUAAUGGUAAGAAGAAAGAGCAUGGGAAUGACAAUCAACCAAGAGGGAAAAUGCGGCACGCGAAGAAGGCAGUCAACACCAGAAAUAUGGAUCAUCGCCGACUCCAAAAUGCUGGCGAUAACUUAUUUGUAAACAGUGACAUUGGCUCUAGAUCAGGCUCAGCGUAUUCUGAAGUCUUUGCUACUGCUACACAGUAUUUCUGUCGCAUACGUGAAGUUCUUAUAGAGAGAAGCGUGCCUUCAGCCCUAAAUGCCGGAUUUUUAACUCCUUGCACGGAGAAGUUGGUGGUGGCACUAGGCAUUGAUCUUUUCGCUGUGAAUGAUGAAAAAUUCAUGGACAUGUUUGUAGCACCUGGUGCAGUUGACGCCCUUCAGGAUGAACGCCAAUCACUCUGCAAGCGCCAGAAGACACUGCAGUCUUGCUUAAACGAGUUCAAAAACAUUGCUCGAUCGCUUUGAUAGCUCUUCUUUAAGGAAACCAUUAGGUGAUGUUCACUGAUAACUCAUUUCUAUUAUGUAAAUUCAAGAUUGUAAGAAUGGGGCUGUGUCAUGAGUAUUCACCUCUUCACAUCUAGAGUACUGUAGUUUAUUGUUUAGGCUAUGAGGGUGCUGUGCCUCCCGAUAUUAACUUUCUGAAUUGCUAUCAGUUGUGAUCCCAAGCAAAUUUUACAGGAAAUAUAUAUGUAUCACACUGCUAAAUGUGGUAAUUGGUUUUCACUGUUUGGUGGACCAAUGAAUAUUGAGGUCUAUUUUCCAUA